AUGGAAACACUGACCGCCAGAGUUAAGGGAUAUACUGUUAGGCGGAUUUAUUACGCACGGUCAUGUAUUCGGCGGUCGAAAAUAGUGAAUGAAAUUUUCGACACAGAGAACAGCUUUGUCGAUCAACUCGGUAAAAUUAUCGCAUAUUUCAAACUUCCUAUCGAACAAUCCAAUGGGUCGAUUCUCCCCAAAGUUGUCGCACAUUCUCUAUUCCAUGACAUAGAUAAUUUAAUGACUGCGGCAUGUCGCAAUGCAAACAUUUUUCAAAAGGCUGUCAUUGAUUGGAAAUAUGACUCUUGCUUUGGGAAGGUGAUGUUAAGUUGUAUGCAAAACAUGUUACCGCUCACGGAAUACACACUCCGUUGGGACGUGAUGAAAAAGGAGUUACAAAAUUCAUAUAAAAACAAAGUGUUUCGAGCGUUUGCUGGUGUUCAAUGUUCACCUAAAACGACAAAUGGACUUUCUUUAGAAGACUUAUUAAUCACACCAGUCCAACGUAUAAUGAGAUAUCAAACGUUAUUAAACGAGUUAUUGAAAAACACGCCAAUCAAACAUCCGGACUACUUGUCCCUUGUGAAAGCACAUCAACAAUUUUAUGAUUUGGUGAUAUCAACUAACACUCGAGCAAAGCAACACGACUUACUGAUUCAAAGUGCUUCAAUCAUUUUUGGGAUGGAGAAUUUAAUUCAGCCGUGGAGGUAUUGCUUGUAUUACACAGAAUGCUAUGUCAACGGACUCGAGGUCAGGUGCGAGUGUUUCAUCUUUAACGACAUGAUCGCUUGGAUGGACUCAUUUGUACCGAUUCGCGAUAAAAGUAAGUACAACUACUACUUCAACUUUAGUCCGAAGAAUAUCGUGCUGAUUAAGGAUAUCACCAAACACUUUAACUCUCUCAGGUUCCCUCAUUGUCAUGAUGUCAUCACUAAAGAGAAGCAUCUCAUGUUCUUUUUCUCGUCUAAUGAAGUCUUCGACGCAUGGGUCAAUAUCCUCAAGAUUACGCUCGAGAAGUAG